CGCACUUGACUAAUACAACAAGAGCCAAAAGCGAAUAUAAGCUUGCUUUGUGCUCUUGAGUUGUGUCUUUUAUUACCAGUAACUGUCAUCAUCGGAAAAUUAAGCAUGCCUACUGCUUCCGGUCAAGUUGUUUGCGUCACCGGCGCUGGCGGAUUUAUCGCUUCAUGGUUGGUUAAGUUGCUUCUCCAGAAGGGCUAUACUGUUCGAGGCACUGUCAGAAAUCCAGCUGAUCCGAAGAAUGGUCAUUUGAGAGAGCUUGAAGGAGCGGAGGAGAGAUUAAUAUUAUGCAAAGCUGAUUUACUUGAUUAUGAAAGUUUGCGUGAAGCAAUCAAUGGAUGCGAUGGUGUUUUCCACACCGCAUCUCCGGUCACUGAUGAUCCUGAACAAAUGGUUGAACCAGCAGUAAUUGGAACUAAGAAUGUGAUAGUUGCAGCUGCGGAGGCCAAAGUUCGUCGGGUUGUUUUUACUUCGUCUAUUGGGGCAGUGUACAUGUCCGCGAACAGGAGCCCUGAUGAGGUCAUUGAUGAGAGUUGCUGGAGUGAUCUUGAAUUCUGCAAGAACACUAGGAACUGGUAUUGCUAUGGUAAAGCCGUGGCAGAGCAAGCGGCCUGGGAAGAGGCUAAGCAGAGAGGAGUAGACAUGGUGGCACUUAAUCCAGUUCUGGUGCUCGGACCAGUUCUGCAGUCAACUAUUAAUGCCAGCAUUGUUCAUAUCCUCAAAUACCUCACCGGCUCAGCCAAGACUUAUGCCAACUCAGUUCAGGCCUAUGUCCAUGUUAAGGAUGUUGCGGCUGCACACAUUCUUCUCUUCGAGAAUCCGUCUGCCACCGGACGCUACCUCUGUGCCGAGAGCUCGCUUCACCGUGGUGACGUUGUCGAAAUUUUGGCAAAAUAUUUUCCAGAAUAUCCCAUUCCUACCAAGUGUUCUGAUCAAGUUAAGCCAAGAGCAAAACCACUGAAAUUCUCAAACCAAAAGCUAAAGGAUUUGGGGUUCGAGUUCACACCGGUGAAGCAAUGCCUAUAUGAAACUGUGAAGAGUUUGCAGGAGAAAGGUCACCUCCCAGUCCCAACCCAGCAACAACAAGAUGCUAAUGUUCAACCCGUUCAAAUCCAGUCUUAGCCGUCUAGCACCUGGGGCACACCGUGCCUCGUUCUUCCUAGAACUGCGACUAAAAAUGACUGGAAUGCAGUUUUGACAUAUAAUCAAUGCUGGGAAUCUGUAUACUUCUAGUUUGUAUUUUUGACCAUCUCCAAAUUGGUCAUGAAGUUGGAAAAGUAUGUACGUUAUUUACCAGACUUUUCGCAUCUUUUCUAUGCUAAUGAAGUUGGCAUCCUUCUGUAUCUGAUGUCAUUUGCUAA